CUCGUCUUGGUUUGUCACCAUAACUCUGCGCAUUCGUGCCCUCGGGCUAAAAGAGUAAGCGCAGAACCUUUCCUAGACCUGAGCGGUCCACGCAAUCCAGUUCUCACAGCUGAAAAAACGCUGCACCGGGUAGAACAAACACUCCACAGGAGCCAUGCGUGCAAAACCCAAAAACGAACCGCUCGCGGACCGCCGACGACUCUUACCCCAAACGUCCGGCGCGCGCCAGGCGCCGCGCUACGCGACCGACCCGCAGAACGACGCCACCGCGCUCAAAACAAAAAGCAAGCCGCAGUUCGACUCGUUACGAGGCGGAUUACAGAUCGAGGCGGCGCCGACGCCCGCGCCGCUGCUCCUGGAAGGAUCAUCGGAGGACUGGAAGUACGAGAUCACGCCGUACGAACCCGGCGACUGCCGGCCCGUCGUCUUCUUCGACAUAGCGGUGGGCGACCAGGCGCUGGGGCGGAUUGAAAUAAUGCUGCACGACGACGUCUGCCCGAAGACCUGCGAGAACUUUCGGUGUCUGUGCACGGGCGAGCGGGGAGACUAUGUGGAGGGCUCCCGAAGGACGCCGCUCUGGUACAAGGGCGCGCGGUUCCACCGCGUGAUUCCCGACUUCAUGGCCCAGGGCGGCGACCUGGAGAAGCACAACGGGAGUGGUAAGGGCGUCUGCAUUUAUGGCCGGACCUUCGCGGACGAGGAGGCAUCGCUCGCGUUUGAUAGUCCUGGAGUCGUGGCGAUGGCGGCGACAAAGGGCCAGGACGCGAAUGGCUGCCAGUUCUUCGUAUCACUGGGCGAGGCGCCCUGGCUGGACGGCAAGCACGUCGCCUUCGGGCGCGUGUCGGCCGGCCUGGACGUGCUGCGGGCGAUCGAGGAGCGGGGCUCGGCGCACGGCCGGACGCGUGGGGUGGUUGUCGUUUCGAACUGUGGGCAGCUCCAAUAGUUUGUUAAGAUCUGUAG